ACAGCGAUGGGGAGAUACCAGGUAUUCGCUUUCUUAGCUCUAUGUUUCAGCACGGCCGUUUGCAAGUUGGGCACACCACCAGGCCCCAUGAAACUACAACGAGAGCCGGUAGAUGUAUUUCAGGCAAUGGAGGAAUUUCCCUUCAUCGUGGCCAUCUCAGACUGGGACAACGACACCGUAUUCGAGUGCCUGGCAUCAAAGCAACUGGCCAUUAAUCCAGAUACUCACUCGGCGACCUACGUCUAUAUUUUGCCUUUAUCAGGGCAAAAACUUGUGUUUGACAUAACUCCGGGUGAUUCUCCUGGCACGCUGACUCUUACUUCGACCGAAGAUCCCGAACCGAGAUAUGGCAUGGUCUACUACGCAGACUACGAUAGCUGCGUCGUGGCAAAUUUGGAUUUGCAAGGAGAACAAAAUUUGUGCACGCUGUGGACACGACUGCAAUUUAAAGACAACGUGCCCCAACACUGCAUCGAUCAGUUCGUCGACGUUUGCGGAGUCAUCGCUCCUGCUCACAGCAGGGACCUUUGCCCGGACGGAGAAGGCGACUAUUAGCGCGGUCAUUCGGAACCGCAUGUGGUUACCACUGGCAUAUAAUCAAUCAAGUGCAGCAAGUGCUGUCGGCCAGCAUUUGGAACCAGAAAAACUGCAUUCAUGUUAUUCAAGGAUCUUUUACUUCCUACUGAUACCGUUUGCGAAGGUUACUCCUCCUCGUGAGGCACGCCUACCUGGUAAUCGCAACGCAGCUUCAAGCACUACUGGCAUUUCAUUAGCGUAGCCCUCUUCCCGCCACGCAAAUGAUGCGUCUCUACUAUUUAUCAAUAUACGCAGUGUGCUCAACAGGUUAACGGCACUCUCAGCUCAUACUGAUUCAUGUUGUGCUGACAUUUUUAUUUUAUCCGAAAUGUGUCUUUCUGUAAAAGCGCAAAGCAGUGAAAUCUUUGACUGUGAAAAUAAAUACGCUAUUUGUCGAUUAGACUGAGAUAUUCGUGUGGGCGGGGGUGCGUUCAUCGCUGUUAAUGAAGCGUUUUCUUCCUCAAGUGUCCCAGUCGUGUCAGCUUUAGGAGUUGUGUGCGUGCGUAUUACCAUUGACAAUAGGAAUUGUAUUUUUUGCGCAUGUUUCAGAACCCAACUGCAUCUCGUUCUUUCUGUGACGAACUUCCUGACAUCUCAAAUAAUAUUGUGACGCGAUACCCCACAUUGCUUUAUUUUUCUGCUGGAGAUUUCAACUUUUCAAACAUCUCAUGCCACAAUGGUUCUGCCACUAUUAAAAAAAAAUUCUUCAGAAUGCGCGCAUUUUUUAUGUUUGUUCCAAUUUCAACUUUGCACAACUUGUUGAUGAACCCACUCGUACUACUGCACUUUGUACUUUUAUCCUUGACCUCAUUUUUGCUACUUACUACACCUGACUUAGUUUCCGAACUUACUUACCUCCCGGGUUUAAGUGAUCACUUGCUUAUUCAUAUCACUUUGCGUGCGCAUGUUUCUCCUAAAAAGAGCUUUAGGUAGUUCGUGAUUACAAGCAUGCCGUUACGGCUUCCAUCAUAACAGAAAUGCAAUCGUGCACAAAAGCCUACAUCGCCGGUUUAGCCAACCGCUCAGUGGAGGUUAAUUGCCAACUUUUCAAAAAUGAAAUAUUAUAUUUAGUUGUCAGCUAUGUACCUCAAAGAAAGAUACCCUCAAACAUACGAUCGCUAUGGUUCAACAACUCUCUUAAACGCCUACGCAACCCAAAGAAACGGUUAUUCUGUAAGGUCAAGCAAACGAACCUGCCUGCUCAUUGGUCAACGUACCGUCACGUGGAGACCAAGUGCACCCAGACGACUAGAAAAGCUAAAAAUACCUUCUCAAAUGUUACCUUGCCUUCGUUUCUAAAAACCAGCACGCGCAUGUUUUGGGGUGUUGUCGAUGGCACUGAAACAUAUAUUAUACAUUGAACUUACCUUGAGGGCAUCUGUAUUCCACCUAAUCAAUGUUGCAGUGUUUUGAAUGAGGCGUUCGUUGCCUCAAUACUAAUAUCAUCGCCCAUUCACCGAGUGCACCAAGCUUAAACUUCCCUGUGAUGGAUCCCAUAAUAAAUAACUGGUUUGCUAUUAGUCGGCUAAUCAAUAACCUAAAGAUUUUGUCUGCCAGCGGGCGUGAUAGUAAUAAUUCUAAAAUAUUAAAAUGCACUGAGGCCUUUUUCAUCCGUUAUUCUUUAUAAAAUUUCCGCUCAGUCGUUGCAGUGUUCUUCGCUCCCGCAUGAUUGGAAGAAAGGAAAAGGUGGUUCCAGCCCCAAAGUCAGGCAGUGCGUAGGCUUUCUAGAACUGCCGCCCUAUUUCAUUGACAAGCAUCUCAUGCAAACCUUUGGAACGUAUCAUUCACUCUCACCUUGUUGCCUUUUCCGAGACAAAUUAAUUCUUUCAUUCCUGUUAGCAUGGCUUGAGAAAAAUGUUCUCGGGCUAAACCCAACUGGCUUUCUUUACUAAUGAUGUUUUUGCUGCAAUUGCCAAUAAAUUUCACGUUGACUGUAUCUUUUGGACUAUGCUAAUGCCUAUGAUACCGUAACGCACGAUCUGCUAAACCUCGAACUCGAUCAGUUUAACAUUGAUCUUAUAGUAUUUGCUUGAAUUAUGGACCUUCUUUCUAAUCUAACCUAGCACGUGACAACUAGUAAUGCUCCCUCUGCUUUUUCAUCAAUUAUAUCAGGAGUCCCGCAGGGAUCCGUGUUCGGGUCUUUUAUCUUUAUGUUAACGACCUCCCUUACUGCGUGAAAUCGUAGGCAAAUACCUUAUUCGCCGAUGCCUGCGUAAUAUAAGAUUAGUGACCCCGUCGAUUCAACUAAACUUCAAGACCUUAAUAAUGUACCCAUAGCAUGCAAUUAAACGUGAAUAAAUGAAAAUAUAUGCACAUUUCACGCCGCUCUAAAAAUACUGACAAAGGCACAUAUUUUCUGAAUAGCGCCCCUCUCUGGCAAGUUAAUUUCACCUAGUAUCUCGGCCUUUAUAUCACUCACCGUCUAUCAUGGCACCAGCAUGCUGAAUAUAUCCUCUGACGCAAGUCGCACGUAAGCUAUCUGCGCAGAAAAUACGCAGUUCCUGCAUCUUUCAACCUGACGCUCAACAAAGCAUUUCUUCGCUCAAAAUUAGAAUAUCCCUCGGCUAUCGGGCAUCCACCUCAAGCAUCCCCAACCCUCUCUCUCUAAGCCAUCCAAAAUGGCGCGUCCCGCUUUAUUUUAUCUAAUCACUCUCGUCAUGCUAGCGUAACAUUCAUGAAGCGAGCCCUAAGCGUACCGGAUUUUUCAGUACGUCGCGCAUACAGUCGCCUCUGCCUUUUCCACAAAAUUUACCACAACACAGUAAAAAAACAAACUUUUAACACCUCCUUCUCACUUUUCAUCCUGCAGCAAUCACCUUCAUAAAACUUUCGUACCAUGUUGUCGUACGAAUGCGUACUAUUACUCGUUUUUUCCUCGUAUGUGCAAUGACUGGAACCACCUUCCCGCAUCGGUCGCCACUAUUACAGACGAAUCGAGGUUCAAGACCGCUGUUCUCAAUGCCAUCUAAUAAAUCUUUUAUUCAUUGUUCUGCA